AUGCUCUUCGACACCAUCAUUGCCUUCGACCACUUUUACCAAGUCGUGAAGAUCAUCACAUAUAUCCCCAUCCCCAGCAAUGAUGCGGAACUCGAGGCGGAAUACAGCCGCGGGGAAGGAGUCAUCCAGAGUGCCAUCGAUAAGCUGCUACGGCCCGAAUACCCCUUGCCUGCCCAGGGCCCUAUUAUCCCGGAUCAGGAGUACACGUCCAACAUUGGACGGGAAGGCUACGAACGACAUGUGACUAAACUCAAGGAGCACAUCUCCAAGGGUGACAUUUUCCAGACCGUGCCGUCGCAGCGGUUGUCCCGCCCCACCUCUCUCCAUCCCUUCAACCUCUUCCGCCACCUGCGCACGGUCAACCCCUCUCCCUACCUCUUCUACAUCGACUGCGAAGACUUCCAGCUGGUGGGAGCCAGUCCGGAGCUCUUGGCCAAGGAGGAAAAGGGUCGCAUCAUCACCCAUCCCAUUGCGGGAACCGUGAAGCGUGGCAAGACCGUCGAGGAAGACGAGGCCCUGGCCGAGGAGCUGCGAGGCAGUCUGAAGGACCGCGCCGAGCAUGUCAUGCUGGUGGACCUGGCGCGUAACGACGUGAACCGGGUGUGUGAUCCCAUCACAACGCAAGUCGACCGAUUGAUGGUGGUGGAGAAAUUCUCCCACGUGCAGCACCUGGUCUCUCAGGUGUCGGGCAUUCUCCGUCCCGAGAAGACUCGGUUUGACGCUUUCCGAUCGAUUUUCCCCGCGGGGACGGUGUCCGGAGCGCCCAAGGUGCGGGCCAUGCAGCUGAUCGCCGAACUCGAGGGCGAGAAGCGCGGAGUGUACGCGGGUGCGGUGGGCUACUUUGGGUACAACAUCUCCAGCACGGACGGGACGGCGGAGAUCCCCGGAGCGAUGGACACGUGCAUUGCACUGCGAACGAUGAUGGUGAAGGACGGAGUGGCCUAUUUGCAAGCGGGAGGUGGCAUCGUCUUCGACUCGGACCCCUACGACGAAUAUGUCGAGACGCUGAACAAGCUGGGAGCCAACAUUGCCUGCAUCAAGGGGGCGGAAGCGAAAUAUUUGAGCAUGGAACAAGACAAAUAA